AUGCAGCAUGAUGGAGGGACCAUUUUUCUAAUCUCCAGGGAAUUACCAGUCUCUAGCGAACAAGAAACUAUAAACCAUAAUACUCAUUGUGUCAUUGAACUCUCGACAGGUAUGCAGUAUCAGAUGGAGGGAGGAAAAGACCAUGCAGACAGGAAGAUUUGCAGGCAAGGUGAAGCCAGUGAGAAAGAACCAGCAUUGCUUUCCCAGGCUGGUGAAGCAGAGAACCAGUCUCAAGAAAAUGAGGAUAAGGGCGAUUGCAGUCAACUCAUCUACCAACUUGGCCGAGAUAUGUCCAUCAACUGUCUCCUUCAUUGCUCCAGGUCUGAUUAUGGCGCUGUUGCAUUACUGAAUAAGAGCUUCAACUCUCUUAUCAAGAGUGGUGAGAUCUACAGGCUGAGGAGAGAGAUUGGGCGGGUAGAGCACUGGGUUUACUUCUCUUGCAAUCUCCCUGAAUGGGAAGCUUUUGAUCCCAACCGUGGUCGCUGGAUGUACUUGCCAAAGAUGAUUUCGAAUGACUGCUUCAUGUUUUCAGAUAAGGAGUCAUUGGCAGUUGGUACUGAAGUUCUUGUUUUCGGAAGAGAAAUAACAUCCCUAGUUAUUUACCGAUACUGUCUCUUGACCAACACAUGGUCAUAUGGCACCCCUAUGAAUACACCCAGGUGUUUGUUUGGCUCUGCCAGUCUUGGAGAAAUGGGAAUUCUGGCUGGUGGCUGUGAUCCACAUGGCAAGAUUUUGAGCUCAGCCGAACGUUAUAGUUCCGAAACUGGGCAGUGGGAGAUUAUUCCGAGUAUGAACAGAGCAAGGAAACUGUGUUCUGCUGUAUUCAUGGAUGGGAAGUUUUAUGUUCUUGGUGGAAUGGGGGUAGACAAUCCAGAUUUGCUUCCUUGUGCUGAGGUGUAUGAUCCAAAGAAAAAGACAUGGACUGAGAUACCUAACAUGUACCCUCCACUGAAAGGAGCAUCAAACACACCUGCUGCAGGUUGUGCUCCUCCUUUGCUUGCGGUUGUAAAGAAUGAGCUGUAUGCUGCUGAUUAUGCAGAAAAGGUGUUAAGGAAAUAUGACAAACAGAGGAAUGAGUGGAUCACACUCGGGGGAUUGCCUCCCCGAGCAUAUUCAAUGAAUGGCUGGGGACUGGCAUUUAGGGCCUGUGGAGAUCGUCUAAUUGUUAUCGGAGGACAUCAUACUAGGAGUGGAGGAAUCAUUGAGAUCAACAGUUGGAUCCCUACUGAAGGCCCUCCUGAAUGGGAAUUGCUUGCAUCAAAACGCUCAGGAAGUUUUGUGUACAAUUGUACAGUGAUGGGAUGCUGA